AUGUCGCUGCGCCACAUUUUGAGCCUGAAUAUGAGAUAUAAAAGAAAUGUCCAAGAGACCAGCGGAGAGGAAGAGGAGAGUCAGGUGGGGAUCUUAGAGGAGGAAGAGCAUCACGCUGAUCUCGGGCCACAAAGAGCCGGACCACACACUCAAAACAAGCCUGCAGCCAACAACAGAAGGCGUCUCAAAGCUGCUGCAGUGACUCUGGGAGGGUUUUAUCUUCUGAUAUUGGCUGCACUCUUCAUUCGCUUCACUUUGCUGCAGACCAGAUACGACCAACUGAGCAACAACUACACUCAGUUACAGGAUGAAGUAAAUCAGCUGAAGGACAGAACUGAAGUCACUUUGCUGCAGACCAGAUACGACCAACUGAGCAACAACUACACUCAGUUAAAGGAUGAAGAAAAGCAGCUGAAGAACAGAACUGAAGCUAAAGUCUGUCCUGAUGGAUGGACGAGAUAUGGAUGCAGUUGUUACUUUAAAUCUAAAGAGAAGAAGGUUUGGGAGGACAGCAGAGAUGACUGUCAGCAGAGAGGAUCAGAUCUGGUCGUCAUUGACAACGAAGAGGAACAGAAGUUUGUCUCUGAGCUGAGUAACGGAGGAGAGUCCUGGAUUGGUCUACGGUAUGUAUGGGGACCAGGAGGAUGGGAAUGGAGAUGGGUGGACGGAUCACCGCUGACAGAGAAGUUCUGGGGACCAGGACUGCCUCGCUAUGAUGGUUACCGGUACGCUGCAGCAUGCUGCGAUCAACAAGGACAAUGGACACAGGGUAGAGCUUAUUCUGAUACUACGAACUGGAUCUGUGAGAAAUAGAUUAUCUAAACUCUUUGAUGAUGGAUGGGGGGGUAGUGUUUGGAUCAGCUUUGUUAAAUCAGACCAAUUCUCCAACAUGGGCUCAGCUGUUUAUUCUGUGUUGCUAAGUAACCUGGAUUCCAGAGAUCUUGUUCCUCUCCCUUCAUAGAGCCCAAUCUGGUUAGAAGUCAUGUCCUGACUCUGUAGUCCUACAGGAUUAUUACAAUAAAAGAUAAGAACAACAUGGAUUAGCAGCUGGUCUCUACCUUGGUUUAUGUAGUUGAUUAUAACGUUUGGAGUCAGUUAGUUACAAGUUGUUCCUUAGAAAUACCCCCCCCCCCCUCU